UUCUUCCUCUUAUCACUAAGACUGAAGCAGCUCACCACAGCUCUGUGAGAGCAGUUUAAUAUUUCAGCCACACAAUGUUUCCCAAUGCCUCUCUUCCCACGCACAUACUCACCUUUUCUAAGGAUGACCAGGAAACUAAGGUGGUGAGUGCUGGCUUGGUCAAUGUCAGCAUCAUCCUGUACACGCUCACUGUUGUGCUUGGCAUCACAGGAAACUCCAUAGUGAUCUGGGUUGCUGGAUUCAAGCUUAAGCUGACGGUCACCAAUGUGUGGUUGGUGAAUUUGGCGAUAGCAGACCUGAUCUUCUGCUUCACACGAAUCUUCUCUCUCACUCGGCUGUUCUUGUCAGACAACUGGCCUUUUGGCCUCUUCCUCUGUAAGUUCACCGGCUUCUUCAAAUACACCAAUAUGUUCUGCUCUGUGUUCCUGCUGGCUGUGAUCAGUCUGGAUCGAAUGGUCUGCAUCUGGUGGCCAGUCUUCACAAGGCGCCGACGCACCCUGUCGGCAGCGAGGGUGAUAGCAGUCUGCGUCUGGAUUGCAGCGAUCCUCUUCAGCAUUCCCUACUUCAUCCAUCGACAAACUUACAUAGACAACGACAACCUGACUAAAUGUUCUGUGGACUCGAUUGAGAAGGCAGAAGGGUACAACAGCACCAAAGUUGCUCUCUACUCCAUCCGCUUCCUGUGUGGCUUCAUAUUUCCUUUUAUGGUCAUUCUAAUCUGUUAUACCUUGGCUGGGGUGGGAAUCCGACGCACCCGUCUGUCAGGGAAGUCCCGCCCUCUGCGUGUAAUAGCAUGUUUGAUCUACGUUCUGUACACUUGGGUGAAGAGAGGGACUGAGCUGUCAAGUAAACGACACCUGGAGAGUUCCCAGUCCACAAGAUCCAGCCCAACACCCAACUCCGGCAGAGCUUUGACAGCAUUCCGAGGGAGAAUGGGGAACUUACGUCUCAUUGAGCUGCAGCUGGAAGUUGGUGGUGGCCUCCAGCUUGCACUGGAGCAGUUCACAGCCGAGUGUGAAGUUGCAGGAAUUAGAAGCACCUUGAAAUCUGGAGAGGGUGGUCUGGCUGUUCUCCUUAGGCUGCUGCCCCCACGACCCGGCCCUGGAGAAGCGGAUGAAAAUGGGCGGAUGGAUGGAUGA